CCAUGUGGAAGAAGCCGCUGCUGUGCUCCUUCGAGGCGACGAUGAGCCCGGACCUGGUGUUUCCCGACGACGGCGUGUGCGACAUCAGUUUCUUCCAGGCCCACGAGGAGAACCACACCCUCCUUCGCGGCGAGGAAAGCGAGUAUGACGCGGCGUUCGACGCCUUCGUGAAGGCCGCCGCCAAGCAGACCAUAACUGAGCACGGAGUGAGCUUGGACUGCCAUAACUACAACAAUAGUGCUGAAGCAAUGAAAGAACCCGCCAGCACAAAAACUAUCAAAGAACUGUGGGGGAAGAAGAUGUACCACUGGGCCUCCAUGAACACGUAUCUGGCUGUGGCUAAAGAAAUGCUCAUCACUUUGUACCACGUAAUGAAGCGCAAUGCGACCGGGAAUCCAGCCCGCGACCUUGGGUUCGGCAACAAAGCACUAUUGGCACUGAGCGAGCUCGGCGGGUGGUCCCUACGGUUGCCAACUCACGAGUGGGCCGUCUGGAAGGGGAGGGUGGGAGAGGGAGGAUGA